CUCAAGAGACCACCACGUUUAACGCGUUUGUCGCGUUUACAUAUAUACCGUAAGUGUGGUUGAAGGAAGAUCAGUCGAGGUAUGCCUAUAGCUGGGUUAGCUGGCUUAUAACAAUGUCCUUUGUGAAACCUGUGUUCGAUUCUGUAGCAACUUAUAUCGUUGCUUAGUUCAUAUAAACUGGUAUUACAGUAGCCUGUGAAUUUUAAGCCUAGCUAUAAAGUAAAUUAAGAAAAUCUACUAAUAUAUAAUUAACUGCUUAACAAACUUGACAGAAAAUACUCUACUCAAACCGUGAAUAAUUUUUUUUGUCUACACAAGAGUAUAGAAAAAGACUACAUUUUCUUGGACAAGGAUACAUUUUGUCACAGAUUUAUUUAGUGGAAAAACUCAAACUGUUAAUCAUUUUCGAGUUUUCGUUACGUCAUACAUAAUAUGAAUCUUCCUCAUCUUCAGCAGAAGCAACAGUUCGUGAAAUAUCUGCUUUUGUUGCAGAUGUAGUCGCUAGUAAAAUAAUCUGACAUAGUGUACGACUGUUUUAAGCUUGCUCAGAUUAACAGAAAAUAACGGGUUUCGAAAAUAGCUAGGAGAAGGAGGAAACUAUCUUACAAAUAUGAAGUUUGCCACCAACGCCAGGGCUUUUCCAAUGACUAUGGAAAAAAACAAAAAAGAUGCAGAUCUGAAACUUUGAAAUCAACAUAAUUCAGUUUUGUUUCCUUUCAAAUGGCAGUAUUAACUCUUCUCAUGUGCCUUCAGUUUUCCUUGUUCAUGACUGUCAAAGCUGUUAAUGCUGGCUGUCACUGUGUUGUCUAUGACAGUACAUUUGGGAAAGACUAUGGCGUAUUUACAUCACCCAACUGGCCAAUUCCUUACGAAGACAAUAUUAACUGUGUUCUCUACACAUUUCAAGCUGAAGAAGGAGAGAUUGUGGAGGUAACCUUCGACGAGUUUGAUGUCCAGAAAUCCAGUUUAGAAUGCCAUCUGGGAGAUUAUGUGAGAUUAUUUCUUCACUUAGAGGAGGCGGCCGUGGAUCACAAAACCAGAGAAAACUCAAUACUGUGUGGGAAGAUAGCGGACAUUGACCAGACACACUACUCCUCCGGCCAAGCUCUUAUUCUUGAAUUCCACACUGACUGGAGACAAGAAAAUAAUACUGGGUUCAGGGGAACCUACCGUUUCCUAAAUAAAAGUAUGUUUCUCACUGAUGGCGACCCUCUUCAUGGAACCAGUUGUGACUACCAGUUCUUCAGAGGUAACAAUUCGCGUAGUAAAGGCUACUUCUUCUCACCACUUUAUCCCAGUACCUAUCCUCGGAACGUAAUGUGUGCUUAUCACUUCAUGGGAAAGUACAAUGAAAGAGUUACUGUAAACUUUGAAAAAGUUCGUCUUCAACGUGAGGACUUAAGUUGUCUAGGCAGCGCAGACAAAAUCAGCGUGCACGACGGGAAGGAUGCCCGGAGCCCUGUGAUUGGAGAACUCUGCAACCACCAUGAUUAUGUGGAAAUUGUCUCUACUGGGCCAGAUCUGUAUGUCGAGUUUAAAAGUCAGGCACAAUUUUCUGGCCAAGGAUUUAAGGCCGUCUUUCAAUUCUACGAAGAAAACUUUAACUUAGAGCUAAAUAUUCCAUCAACAGAACCACAAAACAAUGGACUGACGUUACCAAUCUCUCGAGAGUCACGUGUACAUUGUGAUAUGUGGAUGACUAGUUCUUUAGAGAAAAAUGGGACUUUCACAAGCCCAAAUUAUCCGGAACCUUAUCCCGCAGAUGUCCAUUGUGUUUACCACUUCGCCGGUAGAGGGCGAGAGAGAGUCCAAGUAAUUUUUACCGAUUUUGAUCUACUUCAGCCUCUGCACAAUAAUGUCAAUAGAGACUGUGAAGGAACUGAUGUGAUUGAAAUUUUUAUCAAGAUCAAUGGUAAAAAAGAAAAAAUAAGAAAAUUCUGUGGGAAAUCUCUUCCGCCCCAGCUAAUGUCCAAUGGACCUACGAUGACCAUUGAAUUCCAUGCUAAUAAAACUUUUCCUAUUGCUAAAGGAUUUCAAGCUUUUUAUAAAUUCGUUAACGAUUUUGGAAUCAGUGUGGGAACCCAGGACCAGCAGUUAGUGUGUGGCUUCCUCUUCAACAGUCAGGAGCAAACCAAUGGAACAUUUUACUCACCAAAUCACCCUGGACUGUAUCCUCGAAACACAGAGUGUCACUACUUCUUUAUAGGUAGCAAGUCCGAAAAGGUUCAGGUCACUUUUACUGAUUUUGAUGUUGAAGGAGUAACACCCUGUACUGCAGACACUGCUAGUGAUUAUCUGGAGUUCUCCAAUCAGCCCUCCGAAGUCACUAAGCUUCCUCGUCACUGUGGCCUGAAGAAACCUAAAACCAUUGAAUCUGAAAGGGAUUUUUUCCGAGUCACUUUCAAGUCUAACAGCAGGUUUGACGGGACGGGUUUCGAGGCCUUUUAUCAAUUCGUGAACAAGACAGAUCCUUCCUCUACAAAGAGAAUACGAGAUUCCGCUAGCAACACAUUCAGUUAUCAGUCCUCAUUCCUUUUGAUGACUGUGAUUUUUCUUCAGGUUAUAAACAUAAAACGACAGUUCGUGUCUUAAAAAACUGCUACCUUUAGAAAUGUACAUUAAACUGUAUGAACAAGACGGUUGAAUACCUCGAAGUGCCUGCUUCUACGUCCUAUAACAACUGUGAACAGGCUCAUUCCACUGUGAUACAAUGCUUCCACCUCGCUUUCUGAUUGUGCAGCGCCACCUGUAUUUCAUCCAAAAUGUAAUCGUAUCACGAGUGAUCCUUCGUGGUUCUUGUUGUUGUUGUUUUGUUACAUAACUAAAUGGCGCGAUCAAAUAUUGAACUGUUGAAUGAAAGAAAAAGUCACUGGCGUUCUGGUUUGUUUAGGAUGCCUUAGAGAAGUUGCAGCAUCAGUUCUAUUGUAUUGUAUUUGA